AUGGCAUCCAUCCUUGGUUUGUCCGCUCUUUUUGUCUGCUUUCCAUUCUUUUCUUCAUCCCCUUUUCGUCAUUCGUUUACUCUUUCAUCAUGCUUACAGUCCCGCGCCGACAUCCCCUCCGCAACUACAUGGGACCCUCCCUCCAGCAUGACUACUGGCCUCGACCAAGUCUGGGCACGCACUCUCCAAGAAAACCCAAACUGGUCCGACGAUAAGAACUGGAUCAUGGACCAGCUCAUCGCCAAUAACGGCUCUAUCAACUACUGCGUGCGCUGGAACACCGCCGCACACAAGAGCACUGCCUCCGACCGCACGAAAAUCGAGGCUGGCCUCCAGCGCAGUCUGAAGAAGUGGUUCGAUACGCUCGUCGGCUUUGAUGGGUUCCCACUCACCACGCUCGCUGUCAAGGUCGUCGGGUACGCAACGAAGGAUAAGUCAAUGAUCGAGGGAGACACCUCUGCCAUUGAUGUCUACACCACCGUCGACGCAGACGGCGUCCCAGAGUGCGAUCCCCGCUGCUACCGCGCCGCCCACCUGGAUGGCGACCUCUCCGGCUGCCCGAGCGGCGCUGCCGGCCGCUACGACAUCUCCCUCUGGCUGGACGAGUCGCUCGAGGGCCAGAACGCGGGCUACGGAUACAAUUGGGGCGAGGAACUCGCGCCGGACUACGUGCUUGACAACUUGGAUACCGAGAACAUUCACAUUCUGCAGCACGAAAUGGGGCACGGAUUUGGGCUGCUCGAUUUCUACGACUGGGUUCCUGAGGGGCAGACGAGCUUUGUGAUGAUGGCUGGCAGUGCGAUGGAGGUCACGGAGUUCGACGCGUGGAUGCUCCGGGACUGGUGGAGAAGGUUGAAGGCUGUACGGAGGUGGUAG